AACAUUAUACCCAAGUGUCUUUCUGGAUCGCGAUGGGAAGUUAUUCAGCAAUCUAAAAUGUGGAUAGAUGUCUUGGUGAGCUUCUGUAUAUCAAUUACAAAACACGUGAAGAAGCACCAAGAAGAACUUAAAGAAUUCGAUUUGUUAUUUGGUGAUUCACCCCCAGCUUGUCACGUGAUCAUCGCCGAGUUUCUCGCCCUUCCCCGAAUUGAUAUCGAACCAGCCUUUCCAAUGAGACUGAAACCCGAAUUAAGUCUAGUGUCAUAUAUUCCCAGCCUAUUAUCCUCAAAUAGUGCUGAAAUGAGCUUUAUGGAACGACUUCAAAACUUAUUUUUUUUUGGAGUCAUGAAGAGAUCAGAAAUGUACUUUUCUACUCGUUACGGGGAGCUUAAAACAGAAUUCAAUAUUAUGCCAGAAAGACAUUUCCAGGUCUCCAUUCAUAUGGCGGAGAUGACCAUUAUCAUGGGCCACUUUGCACUGGAAUAUCCUCAACCACUUUUACCAGCAACCAAACUAGUGGGACCGUUAACAGUGAAACCCCCAAGUCCACUUCCACAAGACCUGCAGCAGUUUAUCAGUGGAGCAGGAGACAAAGGGAUAAUACUGUUUUCAUUAGGAACACUCGGGGAUGCAGUGUUGCAGAAACACCAAGUGGAAAUGUUGGUCGAAGUUUUCGGAAGACUGGAGCAGAGAAUAAUAUGGAGAUUAAAAAGGCAUAUUCCAGAAGAUCUUUCCUCGAACAUCAAAGUUCUCCCAUGGAUUCCUCAGAAUGACUUAUUAGCCCAUAACGGCACCAAAGCCUUUAUAUCACACACAGGUCACAACAGCUUAUAUGAAGCAGCUUUCUAUGGUGUGCCACUGGUUUGUGUGCCAAUUUUUGGUGACCAACCUAGUAACUGCAUCCAGGCUCAAACGGUUGGCAUGGCAAUUGGUGUCGAUUUAAAGACGGUGACUGGUGAUGAAAUGUACCAGUCAAUAUGGCGAAUCCUAGAGGAACCAAGCUUUAAGGGUAACGCUACUCGCAUCUCGCGAUUGAUGCGUGACAAUCCGCGAACUUCCGUUCAGCAAGCCGCUGACUGGAUUGAAUAUGUCCACAGACACAAAGGAGCCAAGCACCUCAGACCGGAAGUGUAUAAUCUCCACUGGUGCCAAUAUUACCUCUUGGAUGUAGUUGCAUUCCUUUUAACUGCAAUUUUUGCAUUUUGCUUUGCAAUUAGAGUGCUUUUUAGACUGUUGUGGAAGAUUGUUACCAAGCUUGCGAAGGGUAAUAAGACCUCGAAGCAAGAAUGAGAACUGCUUCAAAGACAAAACAUUACACUGUUAGUAGUUGUGAUUUAAUUUUACAACCAUGGCUUCUUUGGUGCUUGUUUCCAAAUUGUUGUCAACAAUGCAAUCCCAUUGAGACAAGGAGGACUGAAAUGGGGGAGAAGGGGAGGUGUGUCUUUGCACAAGGAACUUGAAAUUCCUAUUGUAACCGCUUUUCGGCAGACAUGCAACUUCAUCCUUUCUUUUCUUUCUUUUCUUUUUUUUUUUUAUAAUUAAAGACAACUUUGGUUAUCGUUUGUUAAAGGCGCGGUGAUCUAAUGAUUAGUACGCUGACUACGGAUCAAGCCGUCCACGUUCGAGUCCUGGUCGGGGACAUUGUGCUGUGUUCUUGGGCAAGACACUUUACCCUCACAGUACCACAUAGGGGUGUAAAUAAGUAUCUGCGAAUUUAAUGCUGGGGUAGCCCUGUGAUGGACUAGCAUCCCAUCCAGGGGAAAGUAGAAAUAUUCCUGGUUGCUUCAUGCUCCAGAAAUUGGAGAUACAUGCCGGCCUAAUGGACCACUUGGCUCGUACACAGACUUGGUCUUAGCUAUUUUGUUUGUUUGUUUGUUUGUUUGUUUGUCUGUUUGUUUUUUUUACUUUAUUUUGAUUUUGUUUUUCAAAUUGAAGAAAUCCAAGACAGCAGAUUGCGCCAGUUAGAAACGAUUCCAUUCAAUUCUACGACAUAUUACGCCAGUAUUUUAUGUUAUUGAUUGUGGGACGUGCUAUGAAGCUGUCAAGUUACAGGGUGAUUGGUCUCUGAAUCUAUUCCC